AUGGUGUUUUCUUGGCGACCAGGCCUGAAAUCUCAGCGUCUGCUGAUCUGCCUCCUGCUCCUCACAACCUGUCAGGCAGGAAGCGGUCAGCUCCACUACUCUGUCCCAGAGGAGGCCAAGCACGGUACCUUCGUGGGUUGCAUUGCGCAGGACCUGGAGCUGGAGCUGGCCGAGCUGGUGCCCCAUCUGUUCAGGGUGGCUUCCAAGGACCGCGGGAACCUUCUGGAGGUAAAUCUGCAGAAUGGCGUUUUGUUUGUGAAUUCUCAGAUCGACCGGGAGGAGCUGUGCGGGCGGAGCGCGGAGUGUAGCAUCCACCUGGAGGUGAUCGUGGACAGGCCGCUGCAGGUUUUCCACGUGGAGGUGGAGGUGAGGGACUUUAACGAUAACCGGCCAGUGUUUGCAGAAAGAGAACAAAAGGUACCAAUUUCUGAAUCUGCGCCUCUGGACACCCAGUUUCCUCUAGAGGGCGCUUCGGAUGCAGCUAUUGGCAUAAACUCUCUCCUGACCUACAUGUUAAGCCGAAACGAGCAUGUUGCACUUAAAAUAAAGACAGAUAGAAGUAUGUUGCCUGUACUGAUUCUUCGAAAAUUGUUGGACAGAGAAGAAAUAUCGAAACUCAGUUUAUCGCUGAUGGUCAUUGACAGUGGUAAACUGGAGCUAACAGGAUCUGUUCAGAUUCAAAUAACCAUCCUGGAUGUGAAUGACAACGCACCAGAAUUUGAUAAACUUGGUUAUAGAGUAGUGUUGUUUGAAAAUGUCCCAAACGACACCAAAGUAAUUCAACUAAAUGCUUCUGAUCUGGAUGAAGGCCUAAAUAGAGAAAUUUCCUAUGCGAUCAGGAUGAUUCAGCCUAAAAAUGAGAAAUGUGUAUUUUUAAUAAACUCAGAAACAGGCGAAGUUAGAAUUUAUGGGAAAUUGGAUUUUGAAGAGAACAAUGCAUAUGAAAUUCAGGUCAAAGCAAUCGAUAAAAGGACUCCUUCCAUGGUAGGUCACUGCAUAGUCCUGGUGGAAGUUUUGGACGUGAAUGACAAUGUCCCGGAGAUAAAGUUUACUUCGCUGUCACUCCCUGUACUAGAGGAUGCCCAGGUGGGAAUCGCAAUCGCUCUGAUCAGCGUGUCCGACCUUGACUCUGGAGCAAACGGGAAGGUGACCUGCUCUCUGACCUCUAACGUCCCCUUCAAGCUGGUGUCCACCUUCAAGAAUUACUAUUCUCUGGUGCUGGACCGCGCCCUGGACCGCGAGACCAAAGAUGAGUAUAAGGUGGUGGUCACCGCGAGGGACGGAGGCUCGCCUUCUCUGUGGGCCACGGCCAGCGUGUCCGUGGAGGUGGCUGACGUGAACGACAACGCGCCUGUGUUCGCGCAGCCCGAAUACACGGUGUUCGUGAAGGAGAACAACCCGCCGGGCGCCCACAUCUUCACGGUGUCGGCGGUGGACGCGGACGCGCAGGAGAACGCGCUGGUGUCCUACUCGCUGGUGGAGCGGCGGGGGGGGGAGGGCGCGCUGUCGAGCUACGUGUCUGUGCCAGCGGAGAGCGGAAAGGGGUAUGCGCUGCAGCCUCUGGACCAUGAGGAGCUGGAGCUGCUGCAGUUCCAGGUGAGCGCGCGGGAUGCUGGUGUGCCUGCUCUGGGCAGCAAGGUGACUCUGCAGGUGUUCGUGCUGGAUGAGAAUGACAAUGCUCCCGCACUACUAGCACCUUUGGCGAGAGGGGCUGGCGGCGUGGUGAGCCAACUGGUGCCUAGGUCAGUGGGUGCGGGUCAUGUGGUGGCCAAGGUAUGUGCAGUUGAUGCUGACUCUGGCUACAAUGCUUAGCUAUCCUAUGAGCUGCAGUCGUCGGCCGGUGACAUCCGCAGCCUGCUCGGGGUGGGCUUGUAUACAGGGGAAAUCAGCACCACGCGCACCCUAGAUGAAGCUGAUGCACUGAGCCAGCACCUGGUGGUGAUAGUGACAGACCAUGGUGAGCCAGCAUUGACUGCCACAGCCACUGUGCUGGUGUCUCUAGUGGACAGUGGCCAGGCAACAAAAGUCUUGUCCCGGGCCUCUGUGGGUGCGACCAUACCAGAAGCAUCUCUAGUGAAUGUCAAUGUGUACUUGAAUGCCAUCUGCAUAGUAUCCUGCCUGUUAGUGCUCUCGCUGCUUCUGUAUACUGUGUUGCAUUACUCCGUGGUGUCCACAGAGGAGGCAGGUGGGCCUUCGAAGCCUAUGCUGGUGUGUGCUAGCGAGAUAGGGAGCUUGUCACAAUUGCAGCAAAGGAGACAGAGGGUGUGCUCUGGAGUGGUCCCAUCUAAUACAGAUCUUAUGGCCUUCAGCCCUAACCCUCAGUUUCAAGAAAACUGCUUAAAUCCUUCCAGUGAAGUAAGUCAUUGAUAUCAUUCAAGUAUUUUUAUUUCUCUUAAUAACUUGGUUUUAGGUUCUAAACUAUAUCCUUUUCCCCCUUAGUUUUCUUUCUAAAAGUAUCUUUUAAAUCAUCGACUGCCUCAGAUUCUCUGAUUUACUCAUACUUAGUUAUUUUUUGUACCAGCCAGUGCAUACGUUAUGCAUCAUGUG